AUGUCGCUGAUUCAGCAUGUUACACAGCAAGAGGGCACUGAUCGCGAGGAGGCGUUGGUAGAUUUGUUCUUACCGCCUGUCGACCGCCAGAUUAGCCGACAGGAUGCUGCGGAACGUCGGCUUUCUCUUGAGAGCGCCAUCUCGGGAGCUGGCUUCUUGAGCGCACAAGGAAAGAGCGUGAGGAGAGUUAUCAGUUACGACAUAAUACCCAAGCCGGAGGAGCUCGCACCGGGCGAGGAACCUGGAGGCUUGACGCCAUACAAGGUGCCGACGGGCAAGCGUAUCGCACAGGUUAUCGUAACGGUUCUUGCGUGUUGGUUCGCUAGCGGCAUCGUUUUCGGUUUUGCAGCUUUGAAGCCAAUUCUUAUCAAGGAAGGCGUUUUCAGCAAUCUGUGCACACCCGAAGAGGUGGAUGCCGACGUUGAAGUUUGCUUCGAGCAAGAUCUCAGGUUGAACUUCUUUUUUUCUUUGGCAUCGACUACGGCGAAUGUUUCUGCUCUCCCCGUCGGUACCCUGCUCGAUCGCUAUGGGCCCAAGCUUUGCUUCCUUUGCGGUUCUUUCUGUCUCGCGCUUGGAAGUAUCCUAAUGAGUCUCGCGUUUCAGAUCGAGCAUUUUGACGGAUAUACAAUCGGAAACUUCUUCCUUGCCCUUGGAGGCACAUUUGUCUUCCUGCCCUCUUUCCAGAUUGCUAACGCCUUCCCCAAGUAUGCGGGUAGCAUCGUUGCGCUCGUUACUGGUGCAUUCGACGCUUCAGCAGCAGUCUUUCUCUUCUACAGGCUCACGUACGAUGCUAGCGACAGGGCGUUCAAGCCACAAACUUUCUUCCUGGUCUAUCUUAUCGUUCCAGCAGCCAUCGUCAUCGCGCAGCUCACCUUCUUACCGACCGAGAACUACAAGACUGAGGCACAGCUAGAAAUGAAGCUCCAGAGAGCUGAGGACGCUAUGCGAGACGUUCAUUCUUCGGAUGAUGAGCUACCCGAUAAUGAGAUCUGGAAGCGAAGGAAGGCCCGUAGCUCGCGUCGUAAGGAGAGAUUGAGCAGACUUGACGAGCUGAUCGGAAAUGAGGCGGCUCGUAAGAUCCGGGAAGAGAAGGCUGAGCAGAGAUUGGAAAACUCCGGUGUCUGGGGAGCACUGCACAACAAGUCUGCCAAAGACCAGAUGCUGACGCCCUGGUUCAUACUGCUCACUAUUCUGACCGUGAUCCAGAUGGUGCGAAUGAACUUCUUCAUUGCUACUAUCCGCGAACAGUAUACGUACAUGCUUGGAUCAGUCAAGCUCGCAGAAAAGGUCAACGACUUUUUCGACGUUGCUCUGCCCGUCGCUGGAGUUGUCGCAACUCCCUUCUUAGGCGCACUGCUCGAUAACGUCAGCACACCUGGCGUACUCUCCCUCCUCGUUGUCAUCAUCGCCGCCAUCGGAGUCAUCGGCUCUAUCUCAACUCUUUGGGCUGGAUAUGUCAACGUUCUUCUAUUUGUCUUCUUGCGCCCGCUUUAUUAUUCCGCCAUGUCUGACUACGCGACCAAGGUCUUUGGUUUCGCUACGUUUGGACGAGUUUACGGGACCAUCAUCUGCGUGUCCGGUCUGUUCAAUUUGUCGCAGACUGCAAUCGACGCCUUGACAAAGGGCUUGUGGCACGGCAACCCAGUCCCGAUCAACAUCAUUCUGGCUGCUUUGGCGUUUGUCAUAGGCACGGCACUCGUCAUAUAUGUCUCGGUACAGGUUUACCGUAUGAGGAAGAAACUCGACGAGGAAGACGCCAUUACCGUGACAAACACCGAAGUAGGUUCCAUCAUGGAAAGCCUGCUCGAAGAGGACGAGCCGAGGUCCUACGGCACAGUCAACCGCCAGCGACAGCCAUGGGAGGUUUAA